CAAGAAGGAUGUAUUAGCUUGUAUUAGAUCUAAGGAAAAAGAAAUAAAAUACAAAGCCAGAAAUGGUAGUACAUACUGCAAAGCCCCAAGAACAGGAAAGCAAAUUGCUUUGAAAAUAUUGAAAGUUGAAAAUCACCACUCCAUUUCCAUGGCCACCGCCGGUAAAAAGAGAGGAAGGAAAAAGAAGAAGAAGAAUAUAAUGAUGACCAAAAAGAUGAACAAACUAACCAAGAAAUUCAAAGCCACCCUUCAACUCCGCCACCAACACUGCACCAAACUCAUUCCUCAGCUCAUCUCCGCCAUCUCCUCCGCCCACUCUUUCCUCCUCCGCCAUGACCUCAGCCUCCUCCCCCACCAAUCCCUUUCCCCCCACCACCCUCACGCGCCACCCUAACUUCUCCACUCGCCGACCCAACUUCCCCACGCGCCACCGAAUGCUGGUUCCAGCGAUUUUUGGCCGCUGAUUCGGACACCCUUUGGGCUGAAAAUUUCAAUAUCACGAAGCCCUCUUUCACUCUCCUGCUCCGCCUUCUCACGCCUUCUCUUUCUUCACUCUCUGUUCCUCCCAAUUACGCUCUUGCUGCUGCCCUCUUUCGCCUUGCUCACGGUGCUUCCUUUUCAGCUAUUUCACGUCGAUUUGGUAUUGAUUCCCCCACCGCGUGUCGGGUUUUUUACACUGUAUGCAAAGCUAUCAAUGAGAAUCUUGGGCACCUGUUUGAGCUAAAGAAUGAUAUCAAUAGAGUCAUUGUGGGUUUUGGGUGGAUUUCUUUGCCUAAUUGCUGUGGUGUUUUGGGGUGUGAAAAGUUUGAAUUUUGUAGUGAUUUGAUGGAUAAAAAUGGGUUCUUGAUUGUUCAAGCUUUGGUAGAUUCUGAAGGUAGAUUCUUAGAUGUUUCAGCUGGGUGGCCUGGUACAAUGAGGCCUGAAAAUGUUUUAAAAAAAUCUAAACUUUAUUUGGGUGUUGAGAAAUCAAAGGAGUACUUAAAUGGUCCAUCUUUUGAGCUAAAUGAUGAGAAUUCAAUACCUCAGUACAUUCUUGGUGAUUCUUGUUUCCCACUUUUACCAUGGCUGUUAACGCCUUACAGCGGAUCGAACGAGGAAGAUGAGAUGAGUUCUGAGGAAAAGGCAUUUAAUUCGGUGCAUAGAAAAGGAUCGCAGUUGGUGGGGACAGCUUUUGGGAGAGUUAGGGCAAAGUGGAAGAUUUUGGCUAAGAAAUGGAAUGAGCAGUGUGUUGAGGCAUUUCCAUAUAUAAUUGUGACAUGCUGUUUGCUGCACAAUUUUCUUAUCAAGUGUAGUGAAGCAGUUACAGAUGAAACCGUGGAGUAUCUGAGGAGUGAAGAGUUUCCGGUGUUUGACGGAGAGGUUGAUGAAAGUGGGAAGAAGAUUAGGGAUGCGCUUGCCUUGCACCUGUUUAGGGUAAGUCAGAGAGAAUAAAUUCUGGCUUUAUGUUGUUAUUCUGCUUAGAAUCUUUUAGUGGUGUGUAUAUAUUAGUAAGGAAUUAAAUUGACCUGGAUAGAAAUUUCGUAGCCUUUUGCCUAGUUUUGACAUCUCCGUGCUCCUUGGUUUCAUGUAGAAUUAUAUGGAAUAUUUAAAGUAACAUUUAGCUGCUGAUUCGGUAUUUGAA